AUGCAGCAUCAUUCUAUGCUAUCUAAUUCAUCUUCUAGCUAUUUAUCGAAUCUAGAGGCAGACAUUCAAUUUAUCAACAUCCUCAACAAAAACCAGCAUUUGUGCAAUGCUAAUCUUCUUAAAGUUGGUGACCUUACUAUUCUACUCGACUGUGGCUCUGAUGAAAGCUAUACUCAAGAGCAAUUACAGAUAAUUCACGAUGCCUUGCUUGUAUACAAGGUCGAUUUCAUAUUCCUAUCACAUGCUUCUCUUAUUCAUGUAGGUGCUCUGCCUUAUCUUUAGUCCCAAGGCUUACUGGACACAAAUGGUAUUAAAGUGAUGGGUACAUCUCCCACUGCUAAAAUGGGUGCGCUGACUAUGUAUGAGUUCUUUAUUCAGAAGAAGGAGUGCGGGAAUUUUGAGUACUUCAGCCUCUAAGAUGUUGAAAGAGCCUUCGAAAGAAUAGAGUAGGUUUCCUACAAUGAAAACAGAAAGAUCAGAGUAAGAGAAACUGAGUUGAUUUUAAGUGCAUUGCCAAGUGGCAACUCAAUAGGAGGCGCAUGCUGGAAGAUAGAGUAUAACAAGCAGGUGAUUAUUUACGCAGUUGAAUUGAACAAUAAACCCCUUAACAUUACAGUGCCAAUGAAGUUUGAUGAUUUUAAGAAUGCCAACAUCCUGAUAUCAAAUCUUUACUUGACUCCUAAAUCUAUCAAGUCAAACUAAAAAGGGCAAGCUUCCAAGAUUUACCAAUACCUCAGUCAGGAAAAACUUAGACUUAAACUUGAAAAGGUGCUUGUAGAUCAUCAAGGAUCAAUACUGAUUCCACUUUCUGAUAAAAAUCGUAUUCUUCAGUGCUUAAUCACACUCGAGAACAUGUUCCAAUCUAACACAAAACUUCAAGCUCAGUAUAAGAAUCAGCAAUCCCAAUAAGUCGAUUCUCCUGUGAUAUACAUAGAAAACAUGAGUAGAGACACAUUGGGAGUCGGUAGAAGUCAUCUCGGGUGGAUGAAUUUCUAAGACAAUAAGGUCUUCUAAGAUAUUGAUGAGAAUCCUAUAAACUUUGUCUAUGUGGCUGAAAUAUUCUCAAUUGGUGAAUAUAGAUAACUAGAAGAUAAACCUAGAGUAAUAGUGACAUCUUUAGCUUCAUUCGAACAAGGUUUCUCAAGAUAAAUGCUUUAAGACUUUAGUGAUCAUCCAAAGAAUGAGAUACUCUUCUUGUAGAAGUCAACCCCCAAUCUAUACAGGGGAUCUUUAGGGUAAAGAAUAAUUUCAGGGGAAAAGGAAAUUCAUCUCCAAAGAUCAAACAUUCUAGGAGCAUUAAGUGAUAGCACAGUUGGAGAUUAAUAGCAAUAGCAGCAGCUAAUGUUCAACAUGACUGAUUCUAUCGGAAGUAAUGUGGCUGCUGCACCUUAGUUCUAAUUUGGAAACGAAAAUAACUCUCUAAGUCUUAAUGUGACAAAUAGUGCCAGCGCUUUUAUUUCACAGAUUGAACAGUAGCAAAUGACAGAUAUGCAAAAUAUAACCUUUGCCUAGAAUCAGCUAUUGUAGUCAAGAGAAAAUUUUAUGAACAAAUUCUAUGAGAAGCAAUACCAGAAGAAUUUUUAACCAGGACCUUACCCAAUAUUCAGUUUGAAUCAGAUUGACAACUAGAAGCCAUUGACUUUUUACGGAGAGGAGAACAUUGAGGAAAUUAAUGAUAUUGAGAUGAAUGAGGAAGUGGCAGAGGUCUAGCAAGCUUUUAACAAUGUUCUAAAUGAAGGCAAGAACAUCAAGAUCUACAAUAGAUUUAAAGACCUUUAAAAGAGGUAUGGCAAAAACUUCCUGUAUAAUACCCAGGAAACUCAGUUUCAAAUAAAGUGCAAGAUUUCUUACAUUCCCUUCGAAGCAAGAAUCGAUAAGACAUCUUUUGAACUGAUGCUUAGAUAAAUUCAGCCUAAGUAGCUGAUCGUUAUUAAUAGCUCGAGAAAGAAGAUGGACAAGCUUCAUGAGUUCAUCACUUACAAUUCAUUCCAAACUUAACUGCACUACGCACACAAAGAUUUGAAUACUCAGAAUAGCUAUCAACCAAAUGUGAUAUAGUUUCAAACUAACGCUGCAGUCAAAUAAGUAUUUAUUGAUGACAAACUCUACAAAUCCCUGCCUAUACAAAGAGUGCAUCAAAGAUAUGAAAUAUCAAGAAUAAAGGCAGCAGUUGAGUUAACUGUAUAAGAUCCAAACAGUGCAACUAAUAGCACAUUUGAUACACUGAAGGAAAUCCCACUCAUUACUGAGAAUGACAAGGCCAGAGAUCAAUUUGCAAAGAAGAACUUGUUCUUUAGAAGCAAGGAUUACAAACUAAGUCAUCUCUAGCACUACUUGGAAACAUAGAAUAUUCCCACUGUGAUUGUUGAUAAAUGCCUCAAUUACCAAGAUAAGGUAUACAUAUACUUUGAUCAUUAGAGCGGCCAGAUAAGACUUGAGGGUUUAAUAUCUAAAGAUUAUUUCGCAAUCAGAUCUCUCAUUUACUCUCAUUUUGGCAGAGUUUGA